AACGCGUUUGUUUAAAAAUAAUUCCUGAAGCUGGACCGGUUUCUGCGAAAAUCUUCAAGUCAAUGACGUCCCUAUUUUCAAUCCCCCCCAAAUAACAACUCUUAAAUAAUCCUAAUUUUUGCUAUGUUUGUUAUUGUUUCAUAUUCAGUCAGUGAAUUAGCAUCCCGUACGCUUUGAUUUCGCAGAAUGCGUUUUAAAAUUUUACUGCUCUUUGGAUUUUUCCUAGUCCCGUCAGUUUUGACUGCCCCAACUGAGGAUGGUGCCCAAUCUUUGGUGGUUAGCAGCACCGCACCCUCAAACCCAAAGGAGUCAGAGGGUGAAGGAAAACCGAUAGAAACCGUACCUGAGGUUCCUCAAAUUUAUCAAAUGCACGUCAAGUCGAACAUUGGCAAUCGAUAUGCGCUUACAACCGUAACAAGCAGGGUUCGAAAUUUUGGAAAUAAGGCCCAAGAAGCUGUGUUUUCUGUCGUGCUGCCCGAAUCUGGUUUCAUUUCCGGUUUUAUAAUGGAAAUCAAUGGUAAAAAUUACACCGCCUACGUUAAAGAGAAAGAAGAAGCCAAGCGCGAUUACGACCAGGCCGUCGCUAGUGGUUUGGGCGCGGCGCAUGUAGCAGCUAGCGCACGUGACUCCAACCGUUUUACUGUCUCUGCAAAUGUCGAGCCUCAAGCAAAGGCCGCAUUUUAUUUGACGUACGAACAACUUCUGAAGAGGCAAGACGGCCAUUACGAACAGGUCAUUAACAUCCACCCAGGUCAACCUGUUAAAGAUCUAAGCGUUGAGGUUUUAAUUUCCGAAAGUAGAAAAAUCGUAGACUUGAAGGCCCCACCCCUCCGUUCCGGUAAUGAAAUUGGAACCGAUAAACCUGAACUGGACCCUCGAGCGGAUAUUACCAUCCACAAUGAUACGGCCGCGAUCGUCACGUUUAGUCCAAAUUUGGAGAGGCAAAAGGAAUUGGCUCACGUAUUGGGUACCAAAGAGGAGCAAGGUCUUUCUGGACAGUUCGUGGUGCAGUACGAUGUUGAGAGGGAUCCAAGUGGAGGCGAGGUGCUGGUCCAAGACGGUUACUUUGUACACUUCUUUGCGCCCUCCGACCUGAAACCGUUGCCUAAGCAAGUCGUCUUUGUACUAGAUACGAGCGGUAGCAUGUGGGGGCAGAAGAUAGAGCAACUCAAACGAGCCAUGCUGAACAUUUUGGAUCAGUUAAACGAACAUGACACACUGAAUUUGGUGGAAUUUAAUAGCAACACAAAGGUAUGGAAUAUCGAUGACCCAGAAAAAAGUGUUUGGUACCCUCGUAAAAACUCUUUCUAUUAUUAUAAUGAACAACCCGAUACCAAGGAGACUAUUGAAAUAUUAGAGGGCGCCAAAUUUCCACGCGCUUACGCUGCAAAUGCCGACAAUAUCAAAAAGGCCAAAGAUGCAAUAUCGGCAAUCAAGUCUGAUGGUUCCACUUCAAUGUUUGGUGCUCUUCAAGUUGCCUUACGCCUAGUGGAGCUGGAACGCACUCAACCUUCUGGAAGCGACACGAUCAAACGCCAACCCAUAGUCAUAUUUUUAACUGACGGCCAACCUACAGACUUAUUACCCGAUGAAAUCAUCACGCAAAUUACAGAAUUAAACUCGGAAGCAAAAAGAUCGCCGAUUUUCGCUUUAUCAUUCGGAGGUGGUGCCGAUAAGCAGUUCUUACAAAAAUUAGCAAUUCGAAACUCGGGAUUUUCCAGACACAUUUAUGACGAUGCCGACGCUUCUUUGCAACUCGAGGGUUUCUAUCGCCAAAUCACAUCACCUUUACUGUCGGAUGUCACUUUUAAGUACGCACCCACGACGACCAGUCUCACAAAAGCGAAAUUUCCAAUUUAUUUCGGUGGUUCGGAAAUUGUGGUGGCCGGGUUUUGCGGUACCGAAACACCGAUUCCAAUGAUCGACGGAACCGGUGUAGCUGGAGAAGUUUCAUUUAAACCGGCCGUCUUUGAAAACAUCUCCAACAUGGAACGAUUGUGGGCGUAUAUGACGAUUAAACAGUUGCUGGAGAAAAAGGAAGCUUCUGAUGGAGAUAAGCAAAAUUUGACGAAGCAAGCUUUAGAUCUCGCGUUGAAGUACAACUUUGUAACGCCAGUAAGUUCAUUAGUAGUUGUGAAACCUAACGAUACGAGCGCCGUUGACACAGAGGAAGCGACGCAAGCAUCCAGAUUUCCAGGAGCUGGUAGCUACGGCACGGGAUUCUCAGCACUCGCUAUCGCCCCAGCUUUUGAAGAUCUUCAGGUCGUAAACAAAGUUCAAACAAUUGCGUUUACUACAAACGUUCCAAUCUAUGCAUCAUCAACACCACGGUCACCUCUGGAGAUCCUUCUAGAUGUUCUUCCAUGGUUAAAUGCAAUAUUAGAGAACGAAUCUAUCCAGACUCCAAAAGGAAACUUCAAACUGGGGGUAAAUGAAACAAUAACAGAUAUUAUCCCUUGCCCAAAAACACCAAUGGACAAAGAAGGACACUGCACACUGCUGCACGAGUGCCCACAGGUACACGCUGAACUACAAACGUCAACAAAGUUCUUCGAUCACUUCUGCAUAUUAAAAAACGAGUUUGCAGGGGUUUGCUGUCCUAAUUGAUGCCGAUUUGAUACUUUUGUACUGUCAGAAAUAAACAACUUAUUUACUUGCUUA